UAGCUAAGAAAGGUGAAUGUCCUGCAAUGAUACGAGGCUGCUUGAACCUGCUUCCCAAUCGAUGUGCAGUAGACAUUGAUUGUAAUGGAACCCAAAAAUGCUGUUUUGAUGGAUGCAUUUUAAGAUGUCAACUCCCCGYUUUUAAAAGAGAAGUCAAUUCAAACAUCUGUGAAGCUGAGGUCGAUCUAGGUUUCCUCAUCGACUCCUCUGCCAGCAUUGGAUAUCAAAACUUCAAACKUGUCCGAAAGAUGGUGGAUCGCAUCAUUAACGUGUUCACAAUAUCUCCAAAGAAAACCCAUGCAGCUGUCAUCAUGAUUGAUGACGUACCCACGCAUGCGCUUCGCUUCAACACCUUYCAAGGRRACGAUCUCAAUAAUGAGAAUGUGCGAAGCGUCAUCGACAAUCUUGAGUUUGCUAAAGGCAAAACCAGGAUCGACCUUGCUCUGCGCAUGGCUUAUAAAGAAAUGUUUAAUAAACGAGGCGGUGGGCGAUCAAAUGCUCGAAAGAUCCUUAUUGUCUUCACCGAUGGAAUUCAGACCUGGGCACCAUCUAAAAUGACSAAAUUGACCAAGGCCUCGGAACCUCUGAAAAGGAUUGGCGUGACMAUCAUUCCUGUGGGGGUGUGGGGUGAGCAAAUCAAUGUGGGUUCGUUAUUGGAUAUGUCAAUGGACCACUAUACCGUUUACAAUAUGGACUUCUUUCCUGAACUACUGCAAGCUUUAAAGAAAAUUUCAAAGAUACCAUGCAAAGACAAAGCAAAGAGCGGCAGUCGUCAAGCAUGGAACAAGAUGCUGAAAAAGCUCUUAAAAAAGAGUACCACUUGAAACUGAGCAAUGAGAACUUUAUAGAUAAACUUAAAAGAAGUUUAUAGAUAAACUUAAAAGAUCAUCUUUAGAAUGGAAAAGCUCUUGGGACAUUUAUUUUUUCAAAUGAAAGACGAUUAAUUUAGUAACAAUAAGACAAGACUAUUAAGACAGCAAUCACUGAUAUAAUGAUAUAACGAGCUACAUUAAUCACACACUUCCAUAGUGUACAGGAGUUAUAGACAAGAACUAAUGUAAGGGCGACAAUGACUAGAAUAAGUACAUAAUCACAAAUUUUACACGUCUAUUAUGUUGAGGUUUUGUAAUGGUCCUGUACUCAGGGCGGCGUGGGGAARACUGAGGAWUCGAUAACGCCUCUCAACUCCAAACGAGAGCAGACUACAGAAAAAAUAGCUAUGRUUCUUUGGCUCCKAUUUUUGCCCUAACCAUAUUGGAAUAUUAUUUUUCAUCAAAUGUACUUUUUUACCAUUAAAUAUGCUUUCAAGUUUU